AUGUUCCGCCACCCCACCCUUCAGGUGAGGGCUGUGAACCAGACUGUACAGGAAGCCCCCGCCCUGGAGGCAUUCUUCUCCCAGAUCCAGAUCCCCAAGGGCCGGAUUACCGGCUUGCCCACGACCUCCAGCGGCAAGCCUUUCCAGCUCUGGGCCCUAGGACACUUGUGCACCGAGCGCCACCUGGCCAGGCGCCUCAAGGACAACAGCUUCUACCCGUUCACGCAGCAGCAGCCCAAUGUCUUCGUGCUCGAGUACUACCUGGACACGCUGUGGAAGGGGACGCUGCUCUUCGUCGUCUGCCUCUUAUUCGUCAGCUUCGGCUUCUUGAGCCAGGUGCAGAACCAGGAGACUUGGGGCUUCCCCGCGUACGGCGUGGGCGUGGGCCUGUGGCUCAUGAUCUCGUCGCUGCCGCGGCGCCGCCUGGUGCUGAACCACACGCGCGGCAUGUACCACUUCUCCAUCGAGGGCCGCACCGUGUGUCAGGGACCCAUGCACCUGAUCUACUUGCGCCUGGCACUCAACUCGGACGCCUACGGAAGGUGCUUCUUCCAGCUGGUUCUGUGCGGCCACAAGCUGGAGCCGCUGGUGCUGGUGCAGCUUUCAGAGCGCUACGAGCAAAUGGAAUACCUGGGCCGUCACAUCGCCCGGAAGCUCAACAUUAACUACUUCGACUACCUAGCCACGUCCUACCGGCACGUGGUCCGCCACUGGCCGCUGGGGACCACUUUCAACCCAGGCGUGGUGCUGCGCAAGACCGGCGCCUAUGAAAAGCAGGGGUCUCAGUCCGACCUGGACGUGUAGAUGCUGCGGGCUGGCACCCCAUCCUUCCCCCACCCAGGACUACAUUCUCCCUUCCCCUCCAAUCUCCCACCCCUACCCCACCACUGGCCUUCCUCUCAGUAAAGAUGCUUCUUGCUUCCA